UGCCAACUUGCUGUCACUUCAUUGUUUGAUUCAUUUUUGCUAUUAAUUAUUUGUUUUUAAUUUUUAAAAAUGUUGUUUACAUCCGGAAAGUUGUCCGUGCUUCGUGUGGCAAAUUUAGCACCGAAGGGCUUACAUUACGUGAAAAGAACUCCUACAAUUCAAGCCUUUCACAUGACUGCAAGAAAGCAGCACAACUACAUAGCUGCAGCACAAAAAAUACAUAUUCCAAUUAAAGUCGAUACCGUAACUGAAACCAGCCGCUUUUUACCCCAGCAGCGUCAUCGUGACCAGAUAUCCACAGCGUUCCUGGCUCCCCUCUCGACCAGUGCGCCAGCAAAGCAGUGGGUCACAUACGAUCCAAAGUUCACUAUCGAAAGUCAAGACAAGGCCUUUUCCCUUCAACGCCGCAGCUAUAGCACAAAAUCGGAACCAAUGCAACCGGUACCCACAUCCGCAACGGCUACGUCUUCAACAUCGUCAUCAUCCUCAUCAUCUUCAUCAGUAGAUGCCCAAAAUGGUGACAAAUUAAGCAAAAAAGAGCAGCUAAAGCGGGCAUUUAAGGAUUAUGGAGCUACCAUAGUGGCCUUCCAUGUGGGAAUAUCCUUGAUUUCCCUUGGAGGCUUCUAUGCACUUGUCUCGAGCGGCAUAAACUUUGUGCCUGUUCUGGAAAUGCUUGGAAUUGCGUCGUCGGCAAUCGCAGAGAAAGUGGCCACAGGAAGCACUUUUGUUGUGGCCUAUGCCGUUCACAAGGUAUUUGCUCCUGUCAGGAUAAGCAUAACGCUCGGAUCCACUCCAUUUAUAGUCCGAUAUCUCCGAUCUAAGGGAUUCAUGAAGCCUAAACCCCAAGGCAAAUAGAUGGAACUGGGAAAUCUUUGAUGGUUAAGUGAUUUAAAAUCGAUUUUAUAUAUAUCAAAAUAUUGAAACAAUGGAUUAGUCCUUUUCUUGUUUACUUUUUGGUUAUCCCAAAUAGUACGAACUUAAAAUAAUUUCGAUAACCAAUUGUAUUUGCUUUAAACAAUCCCCUAAAUAAUUAUUUGAUACUAUUCCAAUACCCUUAAUUGAUUAUAUCAAGAUAUCAGAUAUGUUAAUAAAACACUCAACGCAAAUAUGUUGACUAAAGCAA